AUGCGUUCGUCCGGUCUCGGGGGGAUGGGUGGGGAGGAUGGCGGAACGCUUGUCUCUCCGCGGAUGGGUGGGGACAGACCCGUUGGUUCUCCGCGCGGGAUCCCCAAAUCGCACUCCGCCGCGCGCGCAGCGGGAGGGGGAUUCGGGGGGAGCGCGCGGGAGCGCUUGCAGUCCCCGCUGGCGGAAGACGCGGAGGAAAUAAUGUCCCCUUCUAGGGGGCGUUCUGUGAGUAGAUCGGUGCAAGUGUACAACGCAGGCGAUGACCCGGAUAGUAAGAUUAACCGGUCUGCUUCUAGCGCGUCCGAGGCUAAAAUUGCGCUCGGCGGGGCCGGAGGGGCGGCAGGUGGGGCGGGCAGCGGUGGCGGGCGGCCGAUUUCGCCGGAUCGCGAAAGCAUGUCGUCAACGUCGUCGUCCGUGCGACGGUACCAUCCAAAACACGGAGACGACGAUAUCGCGUACGAGGAGGGGGAGAGGCGGCCCCGGCGCAGGGCGUUGGGGGACGAAGACGACAUGGGCAGGCGCGCGGGGAGCAUGCGCGAGCGGGGGGACGGCGGGUUUGAACACACUCCCCGCACGCCCCCCCCGCGCAUGCGCUCGAGAUACGCGGACGAGGGCGGGCCAAUGCGGUCCCCGCUUAGGCGGAGGCCGCCGGGGGAAAGAGAUCCGCACCGCCCGCCGUCCCGCCAGAGCUCUCACGCCUCUGAUGCGGGGGACCCCGGCUCCGCGCUCUUCCCGCGCCCGCCCUCGCGGAGCAGCGGAGCGGGGGGGGAAAUGCCCGCGCCUAGCCCCUCGGGAAGGCUGCGAAGCGCAGCCGGUAGGCGGAGUGCGGUGGAACACGGGGAAGGGGGGGCGCGCCCGCGGACGCCGACGGGGAUGGAGAUGGCGGGGCGAAUGGGGUUUGCGGGGGAGGGGCUAAGCCGUCCGAAAACGGCGGAUGUGCAUGGGCGGAGGGCGGGGGUCCCCCGUUCCGCUUCGACCACUGAGGGAACUCCGCUGGCGGGCAUGCUUUCUAAGGAGCGGGGGGAGAAGGGGGUUCCGCGCUCCGCGUCCGAAUUGGCGGAUGAGGAGGAGGAGGCGGGGGGAUAUGGGGGGCACAGGGGCACUCGGUACACUGGUGCAAUGCGAUCGAGAACGGUGGCGGGUCCGGGGGCAGAGGGGGAAUACGAUGACGAGGAGGAGGAGGAGGAGUUGCGGUUGAUUGAGGAGAAGGAGCGCAGGCGCAGGCGCGCGGAGCGCGCACGCAGGAUGCGCGAGGACGUCCCCGAGGGGAGCCAAAUGGACGGCGAGGAUGCGUUUGACGAGGAUUUCGACGAUGAGGAUGGCGGAUACGGGCGGAUGGGGACCGGGGGGCGGGGGGAGAGGGAGCCGCGGAGGGGGUAUAGGCGGCGGGAGGAGGAUAUUAUGAGAGAAGAGCACCGACGAUUAGCGUUAGAGUUAGAAAGAGAGAGGGAGGAGAGGCGCAAGCUUGCAGAGGAGCUGAAACGGCUUGAGAGGGAAACGAGGGAGAGGGAGGAGAGGAGGCGGAUGGAGAAGGAACGCAGGCGCGCGGAGAAGGAGAAGCUAGUGGCGGAAGUGGCAGCGCUGCAGCUGCCCGCAGGGGCGGACGCGGAGGACGGGGGGACGGGGGAGGGGAGGCGGACUCCGCGCAUGGGCGGGGGGAUGCUGUCCCCCUUUGGCGGAAGGCAGAAAACGCCUGAGCGGGAGCGGAGAGGGGGGAAUCGGCCUAUGACACCUGAGAGGAGACCUGUCACACCUGAGGGUAUGCAGGCCAGACUGACCAGGAAAAACCGGGAGGUGAUUCGGGCAGCCCGAAAAGAAGCAGCGGCGGGCGGGCAGGCGGAAAAGGCUGGGGAUGGGGGACAGGCGGCGCUGCAGCAGGUGCUGGUGAAUAUUCUGAAGCGGCCUUUUGCGGAUGUCAGGGAGUCUUAUAAGGUGGAUAAGAACGAGCUGGGCCGGGGCAGGUUCGGGGUGAUCCGAGCCUGUGUGGAUCGGGUGACGGGGGAGAGGCUCGCAUGCAAGACAAUCAGCAAAGGCAUGCUGCAGUGCCAGCAAGACAUAGAGGACGUGCGCAGGGAGGUGGCGUGCCAGCAAGACAUUGAGGACGUGCGCAGGGAGGUGGCGGUGAUGGAGAUGCUGCAGGGCCACCCAGACGUGGUUAACCUCCGCAGCACGUUUGAAGAUGCACAGGACGUGCUUCUGGUGAUGGAGCUGUGUGAGGUGGGAGAGCUCUCUGACGUGCAUCUGGUGAUGGAGCUGUGUGAGGGCGGGGAGCUGUUUGACCGCAUUAAAGCCAAGGGCAAGUUCAGCGAGGCGGAGGGCGCGCGGGUGCUGCGCACGGUGAUGGGCGUGCUGCAGCACUGCCACGAGCUGGGCGUCAUGCACCGCGACUUAAAGCCCGAGAACAUUCUGCUUAACAGCAAGGAGUCGGACACGGAGCUGAAAGUGAUUGACUUUGGCGUUGCCACCUUCUUCCAACGAGGUGAGAGGGUCUGGUGCACGGGUGCUGCACACGGUGAUGGGCGUGCUGCAGCACUGCCACGACCUGGGGUCAACUUAAAGCCCGAGAAUAUUUUUCUCAACAGCAAGGAGUCGGACACGGAGCUGAAAGUGAUUGACUUUGGUGUUGCCACCUUCUUCCAACGAGGCAAACCGUGCACAGACAUGGCAGGGAGUCCGUACUACCUUGCUCCCGAGGUUUUAGCCGAAAAAUACGGCCCUGAGGCGGACAUCUGGAGCGCGGGGGUGGUGCUCUACAUCCUGCUAUGCGGCCUGCCGCCCUUCUGGGGCACCACGAAUGAGGCUAUCUUUGAGGCGAUCAAAGAGGCCACGCUCAACCUCGUUCGCCCGCCGUGGCCCAAUAUCUCGGAGGACGCAAAGGACCUUGUUCGCCAGAUGCUCAACCGGAACCCUAAAAAGCGCAUCACGAUUGAAGAGAUUCUGGGUGAGUUUGAGCAUCCUUGGAUCGUGAAGAAUGCAGGCCCACCAUAA